AUGGAGUCAUCACCUCUCACGCGGCAGCCUCAGCCUGAGGUCCUGACACCGAAGAUUGUCGGUCUCUACGAGUCUCUCUUCAAGGAUGACGACGACGAUGUGGACAAGUCAGAGGGAUUCUGGAAAGAGUUCUUUCUGCUCAAGCCAGAUCGACAUGCGUUCCGGGCAACGCUGAACGAGGUCUCGCCCUCGGACAUGCUCCAGCUCGAGGGGAGGACGAGGGAGCUGUUUGCGCGCGCUGUCGCGACAUUAAAGGGUGGACAUGCCGGCGCGACCUCCAAUGCACUAGAUACCCUCAGCGUAUUCCUCUCGAGCGUGCUCUCGAAGAAAUACCCCCAACCUAGCUCCGAUGCCAUUGCAGUCCUCGCCGGCCUCGACUACAUCGAUACGAUAUUCACGGACUUCGUGGGAACGCUGGAUGGAAUCAUCAGAAAUGGGAAGCACCUGGACGUGCGGCACAAGGCCGUCGAGGUCCUCCUGGCGACGACGGCGGGCGCGUACCAGACGACCCUCCUCACAUACAUGAUACACAGGGACCUGUUCCCGUCCAUCAUGAAGUUCGUCCACGAUUCCGAGAAGCCAGGUCCCGUGCUCGAGCCCUUUACACUCAUCGGGCUGCUCGCCAACUACAACAAGUUCGAAUUCCAGAAUCCGUACCAGCUCCGCCUGAACGACUUUGUCAACGAGGCGACAAUACAGAAGAUCAUACGAUGCGUCGGAUACACGUGCCAGGCCGUCAGGGCAGACUACGUCGAGAUCCAGGAUGACAUUCCCGAGGGCUGGACAUUGAGCAGAACGCUGAGCUUGAUAGGCCUCGGGUUCAUUGCGCCAGGACCGAAGCCGGAGAAGAAGCCCAUUUACGAUGCCGAGACGGCCAAGCACAUGUUCACGCAGCUGCCCGGCCCCAACGCUGCGCUUCUCCUCUCGGCCUAUGACUUUGCCCACGCCAACAAGCUCUUCUGCUUCAACCUCGUCACGCUUACGAGCGAAAAGGGCGAGGAGCAACCAAUCUCCAGCUACCUCUCCCUGACAUCCUACUUUCUACAGCACGCCCACCUCUCGGCACGGGCAACGUCGUACGCCCACCUCAACCUAAUGGUGUUCCGCCUCCUGGUCGAGGAUCCCGUCAUCUGCAAGAAGCUCUGCAGCGACGAGCUGAGUACACCUGUACGUCUGUGUCGGCACCGUCAGCCGUUUCUACCCUUGGUCAAGGGCGACCGGAACAUUGCUGCGGCGUUGCUGGAUGCCAUGGUGGACGGCGUCAACCACAAUCUCCGCAAACGCCUGGACGUGAACCUGUACACCCUCUGCGUCGGCAUCAUGCUUCGCAUCAUAUCGUACCUGUCCCGCUCGCGCACGAGGCUAAAGUACCACUGGUCCGAGCUCUUCCGCUCCCUGCUGUCCCUGAUUCGCUUCCUGACCCAGUACACGGCCGACCUGAAGGACCUCACGCACAUUGAGACCCUCCUCGACCACGUCGUCAACCUGGUAGCCCUCUCGCUGUCCGCGGGCGAGGCUUUCCUGCCCACGCCCGCCGCCUACGACGAUCUCUUCUACAAGGUCGUUGAGUCCGGCGACGUCCUCGCCAAGUUCAAGGAAAACUACCGCCUGGCCAAUCGGGGAAGCAACUCCAUUGACACGCUCAUCAACGUCAGCGCGCACUACAAGCAGAUGCUCGUCGAUAACGCCGGCCACAAGAAGAGGCCCAGCAACUUGACGACAGUCCAAGUCGCCGACGUCAUCAAGCAGGGCUACGAGACGCUGAGCAUCCAGGCCAAGGAGGGCCUGGACACGUGGGAUCGAUACCGCGAGGCAGACGAACGGACAGUGUUGAAGAAGAUGGCGCGCGCCGCCGUAGGCGACGCGCGCACCAUGGUCGAGCGAUAA